AUGAAUCUUUCAGAACUUGGUGAGGAUGCAAGUCUACGAACAGCAGCAGAAGUGCAGAAUAAUCAUAGGGAAGGUGGAGAGCUUUUUGAUCUUAAUUCUUUACCACCAGGAUAUAGAUUUAAUCCCACAGAUGCAGAGAUAAUAGUUUUCUACUUGAGGAAGAAGCUUGACCAUCAGUCAUUGCCACCGAACAAGAUAAUAGAAGUCGAUCUGUAUGCUUAUGGUCCUGACGAACUAGCAGCGAGAUACGAGCCAUCCGGGAGUGAUGAAUGGUUCUAUUUCACUCCAAGGGAUAGGAAAUAUCCGAAUGGGCAACGUCCCAAGAGGUCAGUCGGAGGAGAUGGAUACUGGAAGGCUACCGGAGCUGAUAAAGAGAUCAAAUUUGAGGAUCGAACGGUAGGGUACCGGAAGGUUUUAGUCUUCUACCGAGGAAGCGUUCAAAACGGAGUCAAAACCAACUGGAUCAUGCAUGAAUUCAGAGUUGCUAAACAUCCAGAGCCUCCAAGAAUAAGUGGUGUCAAUGAUAUGAGGUUGGAUGACUGUGUUCUAUGCAGAGUCUAUAGGAAAGACGAAAGGAUCUACAAAAGAUCACGACAUGAGUCUAGGCUUGAUGAAUCAGGCCCAUCAAGCUCUAAGAUUCCAAGACGUGACCUCCUCAACCAUAAUCCUAAUGAGGCCAAUAAUCGAUAUGAGGAGCAGUACUCUUAUAAUAACAUCCAAAUGCCCCUCCAAACCCAACAGCCACAACCUAGAACUGAAAUAUUCCAAACCCCUCAAGAACAUGAUCAUUUUGCUCUGCAAAGCAACACCCCUCAAGAUCAUAUGAGGAGCAGUACUCUUAACCAUAAUCCUAAUGAGGCCAAUAAUCGAUAUGAGGAGCAGUACUCUUAUAAUAACAUCCAAAUGCCCCUCCAAACCCAACAGCCACAACCUAGAACUGAAAUAUUCCAAACCCCUCAAGAACAUGAUCAUUUUGCUCUGCAAAGCAACACCCAAUUCCCUAUCCUGGACCCUAAUGUCUUGAUGCCACGGCCCACUCCUCAUCAGUCUAUACACAGUAUUGGGAAUGAAUUUGGAGGUCAGGGUCUAGAUAACUUUGGUAUAAUGAAUGGCACCUUUGGCAACAGCAGCUUUGAUGCAGGGAAUAAUAUUGAUUCUGCCAACGUCCCUGGGUUCGAUUCAACUAAUUAUGGAAACCCGGGUUUAUAUCCGAUGAUUUAUUAUGUCAACGAUGCUACACCGAUGUCAUCAAACAUGAAUGGCAACUACGACCACGGUUUGCUGCAUGGAAGAAACAAUAAUCGACAGUUAUAG